AUGGCCAGGAAUCCAAAAGAACAGUGGGAGCGGCUGCAGGUCAUCUUGCAGAACCGUGGAGGCCGGGGAGGAUUCGGUUUUGGUGGUGGAUUCCCUUCUGGAGGAGGUCGCGGCGGCUUCGGCGUAUCUGGAGCUAUUCUCUUGCUCGGCAUCGGUGGAUGGGCUCUGUCGAACUCGCUCUUCAACGUUGAUGGUGGUCACCGUGCCAUCAAGUACUCAAGAGUAGGCGGAGUCAAGAAGGAAAUCUACAAUGAAGGAACACAUUUUAGAAUUCCCUGGGUCGAAACACCGGUCAUCUAUGACGUGCGCGCGAAGCCGCGGAACAUCGCUUCCCUUACGGGUACCAAGGACUUGCAGAUGGUGAACAUCACCUGCCGUGUCCUGUCUCGGCCUCGCGUGGAUGCCCUUCCUCAGAUCUACCGUACCCUCGGAACGGAUUUCGAUGAGCGAGUUCUCCCUUCCAUCGUCAACGAGGUCCUGAAGAGUGUGGUUGCGCAGUUCAACGCCAGUCAGUUGAUUACGCAGCGUGAGAACGUCGCAAGACUUGUCCGGGACAACCUUGCCCGCCGGGCUGCUCGCUUCAAUAUCGCUCUGGACGAUGUGUCGCUUACUCACCUGACCUUCUCCCCCGAAUUCACUGCUGCCGUCGAAGCCAAGCAGGUUGCCCAGCAGGAAGCCCAGCGUGCUGCUUUCCUCGUCGACAAGGCCCGCCAGGAAAAGCAAGCGUUCAUCGUCCGUGCCCAGGGUGAGGCCCGCUCGGCUGAACUCAUCGGUGACGCAAUCAAGAAGAGCAAGAGCUACAUCGAGCUCCGUAAGAUCGAAAACGCCAGACAGAUUGCUCAGAUCCUGCAGGAGAACGGUGGACGGAACAAGCUGUACCUGGACACCCAGGGCUUGGGUCUCAACGUCAACGCGAGCGUGGAUGAGGCUAAAUAA